AUGAGGCGCGCACGCGCCGGAGCGGCUCUGACAACGAGCGCAGGCGGGGAAGCCUCGGCCAGCGCAAGCGUGCGCGCGCGAAUGCAGGCGCGCGCCCCUCCGCGUUCCAGGCUCCUGGGAGGGGGCGCGCAUGCGCCGGCAGCUGCCACCUACGGCGACCCUGGCAUGUGCCAGGGCUUCUCCCCGCCCCCUUCCUCGCUGCGCGGGCUCCUUGCCACUUCAGGGGUGGUCGCUGCUGCUCCUCGACCCCUGCAGCCCGCGCUUGGACGCUCGGCUGCAGCUUGCAGCGCGAUCAUACAAUGACAUCGCUCCAGCCGGCGAUUCCGCGAAGCCCUGUUUUAUCUUGUGAGAGCCGUUUUUCCACAUUCUCUCGUAGAGAAAGACCCCCCACGAGGGCCUGCCUUUGAUGCCCGGACUCUCCCGACCCGCGGCUGCGGCAGCCCCUCUGAGGCGGAAGUUUAUUCAGUACGGGAAAGAGAACAGCGUGGGGAGAGAAGGGGGAGGCUUUUCCCUAAGGUGCUUCCUACCCGCUCGGACUCUGGAAAUUCCUGGCGCCCGCGAUGCAGAGCAGUGGGCCGAAGAGCUACCUCAGACCAGCCCAGACUGCGAGCUGAGCGGGAGGACCUGAGGCUCGCCGCCCGGGCACACAAAGUAGUCGCGGGCCGAGGGGUGCCGCCGGGGCCAAUCAGAGCCGCGAGCCGCGUGAGUGGAGUGCGAGCCGGCCAAUCAGAGGGCCGGAAGAUGAGCUUCCCUUACCAAACUCUUCCCUGUAGCCUCGAGACCCAGAUCCCAAGCCUGGGGCGAAGUAUGAUGGAAAAGCGAAAUGGUGCCCUAAAGACAAGAAUUACUUCUCCAGGCUUGGAUGUUUUUAAGUAAAUACCGGGGGUACUUAUCACAGAGCAAAUAGCGGCGGCCUCUUAGAUGUUACGUUUUAAAAGGAUCACAGGGAAAAGAGAUUGAAGAGGCAGUGGCCUGCCAAGACUGCAAUGUGCCUAAUAACAUCCAUAAAUUCACAAUAUUGAGACCCUCUUAUAGGCCAGGAACUGUAUUAUAGAGAUAAAAACAAGGUGUGCUGAUUCAUAGGAAGAAAAUCCCCUGUCCUCAGGCAAGUCGGGUUUUUCCAAGAGAGGCUUGGCUUGACCUGAUGCCUCUGGUAUUUAUUGUCAGCUCUUUAAACAAAAAGCAUUCUGUGAAGUGCUGUACUUUACCGUCGUUUUUUGUGAUUGUUAUCUCCGGGUAAAACAAAAUUGAGAGGAAAGUAGAAUGACUU